UCCGACUACGAAACUGAGGUGCAGCCGACCGAGCCUUCCACUCCGGACGAAGCUUUCUCGAUCGAAUCUUUAAUACAAAGAGUGGAGGAAUUUCAGCGAAGGGACCACCUGGAAACACUUGUCCAGCUCACAACCGAGAAUUCUGACCUGCAACAACGGAUUCUAUACUACCAAGAAGAGUGGUGUUCGACGCUAGAUUUGCUCCAACAUAUCCAUGAAGCACUUCUGCAAUUACAAAACGCCCUUGGAAGAUGCUUUCAAGAGCAAAUGGAGGCCGAAAGAUGUUGGCUUGCUUCUUGGCGCACCAGGGGCAAUGCUCCUGGUGAAUCCGGUUAUAGCCCAACCAGAUGGAUCUAG